CUUGGUAACAUGCUACAGUGCGACAUAGUUGCCAGCUGUGCACACAUUAGUGCAGGCAUCCUAAACGGUCUGCUUAGGCCACUUCAAGGGGAAUGGAUGACCCUGGAGCGUCAAGACCGCUAAAGGGUAUCCUGAAGAAAGGGACCCCGGAGCCCAUCAUGCACAACGCAGACUGUCCGCUAGGCGCGUCCGCCUCCACGAGCCACCUGCCAAGCAGUAGCGCCACAGGUGUCACGGGCGCACAGCCUCGACAGAUCAAAGGCAUCCUCAAGUCAAAUCUCCGCAGCAGUUCGCCCGGCAUCAAGGGCAAAAAAUGCCUAAAGCGACAGCGGUGGGAUGAAGGGAAUAUUCUAGCCACCAGCUGCCACUCAUGGCUAAAGACUGGAGACAAGGACUGCAAAAUCGGACCUCACCUCUGUAGUCUCACCAUCCUGGAUGACAGCUAUGGAGAGGAUAUGUGUCUGUGCAAAAGCAAGAGGAAGAAGUGCCAGAGUUGGGAUGAAGUUAGCAUCAUGAAAACGCAGCAUCCAAGCCGGAGAGAUUUCUCUCCCAUGCAGUUCUGGGACUUCAACAAGGCCUGCGAGUCCUGGUCAGCAUCCUCACGGAAAAGCCCACCACCACCUCCCCCCCAACAACCAGAAGCACACGUGAAGAUGUGUGAGCCUCAGGAGCAGUGUCAGUGCAUGGACACCUCACCUGCCAGCACUGAAGAGCUCCUCUCCACCCCUGACUCCAAACCACCCGAGGAGGAUCAGCAAACAAGCGACUCAGAUGGUAGUGCAACCUUUGAGCAGAAGAGGAAAGCUUACAUCAGGAGGAGCCGUGAAAUUCUGUGGACCAACGUAUAUGCAGGGGCCAGCGCUGGCCAAGACGAACACGACCGAGAGAGGGAGGACAACGUAUAUGCAGGGGCCAGCGCUGGCGAAGACGAACAUGACCGAGAGAGGGAGGACAACGUAUAUGCAGGGGCCAGCGCUGGCGAAGACGAACAUGACCGAGAGAGGGAGGACGACAUAGCGUCACAUCUGUGUUCAGAUGACGUGAGCGUCACUACCAUCUCUGGUGAUGACGAUGAUGGUGGUGAAUGCAGUUGCAAGAUCACCCAGAGGAACUAAACAGACACAGUUGAAGAAUUAGGAAAUUCAGAGAGCAGAUCCGUAUUUCUACAAUGCCAGCGAUGGAAUCAUUUAAACAUAAGAAGGAUGUGACGACGUUUCAACUUUCUUAUCUUCCAUUUACUCAGCAAGUAACCUCUACAUUUACUUUAAAUAUAAGCAUUGAUCACACUUUA